CCCGGGGUCUGCGGGGAAGCCUCCGCAUCGGGCCCACACAGGCUGAAAGGCAGGGCAAGGCUGCCAGAGCAACUACUGCUCCAGGGACCCUUUGUGCAUCGAGAGCCAAGUUCCCAGCUCAGCCUCACGUUGAUCUGGUAGCUUGUCCCCCUCAUGCUCCCAGACCCUCCAGUGCCGAAGUGUCAUGCAGGGCUGCUUCUCCAUCCCUUUCCUGAUCCCUGCUCAUAGUGUUACUCAUGCCACAAUGCGACCCAGCCAGCAGCCUGGCUGCUGGCCAUGCCCUGCUGGGUGCCCGCGGGUCAGCGUGGUGCUUCUGCUGGUCCUGUCCCCGCAGGGCUCGCUGGUCUUCCUGGUGAGCGGGCUGGCGGUGCUGGGCUAUGCCGCGGCCCUCAGCGCCCAGCCCACCUACCAGGGGGUCAUCCGGGCAGUGUGCGGGGCGGCGGUGGGGAAGCUCUGCGAGGUCUGCUUCCUCCUCAACCUCUUCAUGAUCUCCGUGGCCCUCCUGAGGGUGGUGAGCGACCAGCUGGAGAAGUUGUGUGACUCCCUGUACCCCAAUGGGACGCUGAGUGAGAAUCCCUCAGCACCCCCCUGGUACAUGGACCAGCGCUUCACCCUCUCGGCUCUCUGUGUCUUUGUCAUCUUCCCACUCUCUGUCCCCAGAGAGAUUGGCUUCCAGAAGUACUCCAGCAUCCUGGGCACGCUGGCUGCCUGCUACCUCACCCUGGUUAUCAUCCUGAAGUACUACCUGCAGGACAAGAGCCUGGGAUCCUCUGAGCCUUCCCAGACCUCCAGGGCCUCCUCCUGGGCUUCCAUCUUCAGUGUUAUCCCCACCAUCUGCUUUGGCUUCCAGGUCGGUGGUGCGGGAUGUGUGGGCAGUGCCCAAGCGCGGCGCCGCGGCGGCGCCCGAGGCAGGGGAGCGGUGGAGCCGGGUGGCCCUGACGGUCGCCUGGAUGGGCACCACACUUGUCAUCGCCCUCUUCGUCCCGGACAUCGGCAAGGUCAUCGAGCUCAUCGGGGGCAUCAGCGCCUUCUUCAUCUUCAUCUUCCCAGGGCUGUGCCUGGUGUGCAUGACUGGGACCUGCACCUUGAGGCCACACAAAAAGACUGCCCUUACCGCCUGGGGUGUCCUCUCUGUGCUCGUGGGGGCCUUCGUCUGCGGGCAGAGCGCUGCCCUGGCCGUGCUGGGGCUGCUGCGCUGAGGGGCCACGGAAGCUCCACCGUGCUCCACGCCCUCCCUGCCCUGCCCCCCGGCUCCCACCAGCCCCCCAGGACACCGCUGGAGCCCAUGGUGGUUUUAUUUGACAGCGCUGUGGCCACUGCAGAGCGGCGAAUAAAGACGGGAGGGACAGGGUAUCGGCCACGCACCCUGAGGGACCCCGGGCAGGGCGGGCCAGACAGACACACAGACAGACCUACAGACCCCAGGAGCUGGGAAGGGGGAGCUGCCACCCUCACGCUUGCAAGGCAUCUGCUGCCACCCCCCAAGCACACCCCAAGGACACCCCUGGGGACCACCCCCACCCUGCAGGAUAAGGGCACACAAGGAGCAGGGAUGCUCUUCUGCCAGCACCCUCCCAGGGACGCAUGGCCCUGUCCCUGCAGGGAUGCACACUGGAUACAGCCCCACUGCCCCUUCCCAGGUCUCCAUCCAGGUAGCCCUGGGUGACUAGCAGGGACCCCCAAGUUGCCUCCCCCAGGGGCUAGUCCAGCCUCCCACUCCCAUCCUUACUCUUCAUCAUCAGCUCCCUUCCCAUCACCCAGCUGCCUGCACCCUGCCUCCCCUCCCUCCCUGCCCAUGCCUGGGGGAUGCCCCCCCUCACCCCAAACUCUGCCAGCCCUUCCCUGGCAGACUCCACCUCCAAGCAGCCAGUAUCCCACUCCAGGGAGAGGUGAUCCAGGUGACAGGGUAGCUGGGAGAGGGGGGCCCAUGGGGUGCUGGGGACACACACGGGGGUUUCCUCCACUGCAGAUGGAUCACACCAACACUUCCCUUCACCCAGCCAUGUAGGGGGGAGUCGCAGCCACCCCACAGCAGGGACAGGUGCUGGCGGCCCCCCACAGAGGUGGUCACUCUCGGCUCAGGGUGCACCAGGCAGCUGCAGGGGAAUGUCACCAGAGGGUCACUCUGAUUCACCUUUUCCCUCCCACCCCACGCUGGCCCUCAGUCUAUGGCCCCUGCUCACCGGUAGUGGGAGCAGUGCUGGCCACCCGAGGGCCCAUGUCCCCCACCCCAUGGGGCUGCCACCUUCCUACCUGGCACGGCCACACUAGAGAUGGCCUCAGGCUGGCUCAGUGUGUCCACCUUGACAUGCUGGAAGCCCUUGUAGAUGGCACUCUGCAGGUGCCUGUGCCCAGCAGGAGAGAGUGAGGGAUGGUGUCUCCCUAAAUCACCAUCCCAGCCCCCUGCAGCUCCCUGGGCUCUGGCAGGGGCUGAGUGCCUUCUUGCCCUUCCCUUGGGCAAAGCACCCUGCCCUGAUUCAGGGCUGUGAGACCUCCCAUCCUCCAUGUCCAAAGGCAUCUUCAGGUGAGAGAUGCACAGAGACCUCCCAAGCCACCCUGUCCCCUUCACAGUGAUAGCCCCAGGACAGAGAGAUCCUCGACCCUGCCAUCAGAUAGAGCUUGGGGCUCAGCAGUUCCAACAUCCCUCUAUGCCUGAGCAACCCAACCAAAUAAAGAGCUUUUUGUUUUGUAA